AUGCGCCAGAAACUGCCGAGUCUGAAACAUGAUUUCUACAUUAUUCUUGCCUGCGAUCCCGGACGUGGAGCUGGGGAUUUCGAGAAUGGUGGUGUGCUUACACAGGAAGUACUCCGCCUGCUACCAUACAGGAAACCGAUUUUGCAGAUUUUUCAUGAAGUUGAAAAGCGCGUGAAGUGCCAGCGCCCCUGGGUACGGUCGCGCGCAGGAGACGAUGAACCGGUGCUUGGACAGCGUGAUGAAGAGUUUCCAAGUCGCAGCCCCCGUCAUCUUCCAGAAACGGCGCAGCUACUCGGUGUUGAAGACGAUAUGUAUGGUCCACACACUGCGCAGAGCCCACCGUGUCCCGACUCUGAUUCCCUCAGUGCCUGUGAUACAUUCCGGUUGUAUUGGUUUCCGUUUGCGGGUAUACUCGCUCUAGGGAUUCAUGCUAUAUUGCUCACCUUGUGGGUCUCGGGCGUCGGCAUCAACAAACGCUAUGCCACACGACUGGCCAUGCCCCCAUGCCUGGCGUUCAUGGAUUUGGCCAGCUUGAGUCAAGCUUACUACCGGAGGCUCUCCGAAUUGAAGCCCUCUUGUGGACUGGCGUGCAGCGUUUUCUUGCACCAAGUAUGGCCGAAGUGGGAACACCAUCUGAACAGGGUUUGGUAUCCUUCUUUGUUCCUUGUGCUGGCAGCCGGCGAGCUGACGCAUGAUCGCGACGUCCUUGCAGCCAUAGUCAGCUGCAUUCUGGGAGCAGUCUGUUAUUUUACAAUGUUCAGAUUUAAGCUCCCAGCUAUCCUUACAGUGUAUGACAGGUUUGAUGAAACGUCCAUUGAUCGAGCUACUUGGACCUGGCUUUCUGUGAGUGCCGUGGCCUUGUACUUUGCAGAAAGUGGUUACCAGUGUCUGCAGGCAAGUGACGAUGACAGCAUGCGAAAUGUGGAGAGAAAUUUUCAUGUUUUCAAUGUUGUAUAUCUUGCAGCUUGGUACUUCACGAUGUUCCACCGUGCUAAUCCUGCUUUUGCGGAUUGUGGCCUGAAGAAUAGCUUGAGCCGCAAUCUGUCAGCGCACAUGACAAUUGUGCCCCUCGUUGCAAUUCUUUGCCCUUUGACGCAGUCUGUUCUGCGCGCGUCUCCUAUCUGGAAUUCUUGGCCAUGGCAGCUGUGGCUCCUCGCGGAGUACGCGGGGCUUUUCGGAUUCGCGACGAUGUGUGGCGUUGUCUUUCCGCGGUGCACGACUCCUGCCUCUGACGACAUAGGUUUUUGUGCCUGA